UCUUGCUCUCUUAUUAUCAAAACUGGUAAAGAACUAUCAACAAUAGGGACAAACCACCUUAUCCGCUCCCCUCAAACUGCCAUGGCUUCCACUUUUGCUAAAUUCCUCUCUCCUGCACUUACCCUCCCUCUGCUUCACCCUUGCCCAAAACAUAAACACUUCACCAUAAAAUGCACUUCAAACACAUCCCCUGAACCUGAUGAUUUCCCACCCCCAGACUCUGAAACCACCAACAGCGCAGAAAAGUUCCCCAUUGAAAAGAGGAGAAAGUCUGCAAUAAUAAGAGACAGAAAAUCAAGAGUGGGUCUUGUAAAGCCCGAGCCGCCGAAUUACGAGAUAGGGUGGAAGAGAACUAAGCCGAUUCAGGUGGAAAAGCCAAAAGGGUACGUGAUUAUGGACUUUUUGGAGAAGUUGGUGGGACUCAUGGAUAGAGAAUAUGGAUCGACAACGCUGCUGGCGAAAGUCGGAGAGAUCGUGGCCGAGAGGGUGAGAGAGGAGGCAGAGGUGUUGAGAGAGGAAGGGAAAGUUGAUGACAGAAUGGUAACAGAGUUGUCCAGAGUUUUGAAGUUGAUGGAGAUGGAUUUGACUAUGGUUAGAGCGGCUGUGAAAGAGGAGACAAUCAAAGAGAGGCUUGAACAGGCCAAGGCUAGGUGUAGGCAAGCUAUUCUAGUUGCUAAUUCUUUUUGACUGUUUGUUGUGUUUUGAGGCAACAAAGAGUGAAAAAAAUACUCUGUUUUUGGGGGUGAAAAAUCAAGUUCUUGGGUGAAACAAAAUCCAUCAAGUUUUCUUCAGCAAAAUUGGAAUGGAGUAGGUGUUUUGAUAUUUCAUGGUGUAAAAAGAGAUCAAAUAAAUGUACUUCAGGUGGGAAGGCCCUGUUUAUUAA